AUGGCAGAGCAACUGGCAGCGUGCGCCCGGCAGCUGUUCGAGGGCGCAUCUGGCAGUGAAGCCCAGCGCGCAGCCAACGCGUGGCUCAUGCAGUUCCAGGGCCGUGAGGAAGCGUGGCAAGCAGCGCUGCAGCUGCUGGACCAGCUGCCUGCGAGCGACCCGAUCGCGCACCGCGAAUUGGACGCCCCGCAGCUCGUGGCCAUGCAGAUCCUGCGGCUCAAGACACAGCACGAGUGGGAGCGCCUUGGCGCGCAGCAGCAGCGACUCGUGCGGCAGACCUUACUGCGACUGCUGGCGAUCACGUGCGUGGCAGAACACGGUCUCUCAGCAGUGACUUGCCGCAUUGCCUGCGUCACGUUAGCAGCUAUUGUGGUCAAGUCAGGCAAGAGUUGGACAGAGUGGAAAAGUGAAGUGCAGAAGCUCGUGGACGCGGGUUUUGCCGCCCACAGACCUCAUAAAGCAGCGAUUGUGUUGGCUAAUGUUCUAGGAGCUAUCCCGAUCCAAAUCUUGGCAUCAGAGACAACGUGGACGACAGCAAAGCUGCAGGACGUCCUGACGGUUUUCCAAGCUGAAGCAGGGGAUGUCAUGACAGCAAUGCAGAUGAUCCUGGCCAACGUACCACAUGAAAGGAGCAGCGCUCUUUGCUGCUUGGAAAGCUGGAUCGUGGGCUGCAUACCGACGCACGAAACGUUUGGUCUCACCGCAGCACACCUAUUCUCUCGUGGACUACUUGGCGAACUGUUCAAUGUCGUCAUCGGCGACAACGAGGGUCAGGCACAACUAGCAGCAGGAGUUAUUGCGGAUUCUUUUCUGUGCAACGUAUCUGACGCUGGGGCCGAAAGUAUGGCUGAGACAGUGUUGUACGCCGGCCGCCGUUUGGUUGAAGCGUUGCCGAUACUUCAAUUGGAAACACGGUUUCCGACGGGUAACAUCACGACGAAAGAGCAACAGAUGAGCGCUUGCAGGGGUUUGUCACGCAUCGCUUGCUGUCUAGCUAUGCACCAUGCGACUGUGCUGUUUUCACAUCGGGUGGCAGACACUCCAGUGUUGAUUAGGAGUCCUGCACCGGAGCGGCAAAGCUUUUGCAUCAGCUUUUUGGAACUGCUUCUAGCGUGCUCAUCGCACGAAGACAUUGCCGUCGCGCAGCCUACGUUGGAGAUCUGGUUCUUCUUCCUCGAGCCAAAUGCGUCACGAAAUGAGAUGUCGUGGCAACUUCUAGAUGACGCGGGAAAAACGCAUGCGGUCAGCGUGCUUUCACGUUUGGUUCACGCGCUUAUUAGGCAGUGCAAGUACCCUCAGUGGUUUAUUGACAAACAGGAAAUUGUGAGCGAUGACCCAGAAAUUGAUGCGAUUGUGAACUUGCGCAGGGAAAUCGCAGACACAUUGCUCAGUCUUUUCUCCAAAUGGCCAGGACGCUCUGGGGAGUCUGCUGGGGACUAUUCAUCGUGUGUGAAGGGCGUAUGCCAGAUGCUUGUGGACUGCACGGACGUCGCAGCGAUUGAUGCGCUUUUCUAUUUGCUUUCGUCCACGGUUGAGUUAUUUGAUACUGGAUCGUCGGACUCGAUAUCUGGAGACGACCCCAGCUCGUUCGAAGCUGUUGCAUCAGGCGGACUCGGUCUUCUGUUGGGGGUGCUCGAUUGCGCUGCCAAUCUGCCCAUGCACCCUUUAGUGGUCAACGGUGUUGCAAGGUAUUUUGGCUCACUGAGUGCCUCACUGGUAUUGCCACCUAGUGCAUACCUUCGUGCUUCAAUGAUCAUGUGUGAAGGACUUCAGUGUGCUCCUGCUAUCCCAGUAGCGGCCCAGUCGCUGCUGCAUAGCAGCUUCUCGAUGACCGAGUGCACAACUAUCGAGGACAGAACGCCGUUACUGCGAGCGCUGCUUCGAUUUCGCACCGCGCAUCAGCUCAAAACGUCUCAAAAAAGCGAGGGCGAUCUGCUUGAAGCGACGUUCCGUGUUGCAUAUGGCUUAACCGACACAGACCUUGGUGCUCUAUGUUCAUCAGUUUUGGCCGACUUUGCCGUUGGUGUGCAAAGCGCAAAUCCGGAUGAGGUUUCCAGUAGCGUUUACAUGUUGGGUCGAGCUCUCGCGGGUGUUCAAGACCAGCAGCAUGGGUCCGUAUUGGCAGACCAGCUGUGGCCUCUCGUGAGUCCUUCUCUAGUGCAGCACAGCGCGAAUAGCGCCUGCCGGCGCGCGGGCGUUCAGUUUUUCCUCAGCGUUAUUCCUCGUCUACAAACGACAUCACCUCCUGCGAUUGAAGCACAAAUGCUGGACAUGUGUGUUUGGUGGUAUGAGAAGGAAUUGGCUCCCGACGUUCUCACGUGCUGUUCUCGACUGAUCUCGCGCCGACGAGGCAACCCAGGCUUCCAAGCGUUACUUGAGCACGCAUUUGAGCGACUCCUUGCUGAGUUUCGGGUCAAGCUUCACGAUGUCAAAACGAGUUGCGGUACACUCUCGGUCGAUAGCUCACUUUUCCACAAUCGUGACACAGACAAGCUGAUUCCAGAGGUUGAGCAGUUCCUGAACUUGACGCGGGAGGUCUUGAAUUCUUUUCCGCAAGUUCUGCUGCAAAAGCGUCCAAACGGGGAACCUACUUUGUAUUGGAUCUGUCUGGAUCUGGCAACGAGGCUUGUAAAAGUGGAUCAUCAGAUGCAAGAAAUCUAUGAUGCUGCGUGUGCUUUUCUACUGGAUGUGAUGCGUUGUCAACCCGAGCAAAUCGUCGAACGGAUAAGCACUUUUGCCCCGGAAGUCGUCGGGGUUAUCCUGAGUUUCUUGGAACCCAAGAGAGAGCGUCAUCGCACCCGGAGUCUCUGGGAUUUCCUGUUUCAGUGUUUGCAUGCGCCACAGAUACCGAUGCAAAUCCGAGAGGGCUUUCUCUCUGCCGUCUCCACUGUAAUGAGUGAAGGUGCUCUCAGCUCUUUCUUUGCUGCAGAAGUGUGCCAACAGAUGCCUAGUGAACUGCGAAUGCGUUGUCAGCGGCAUCGCUUCCGGCAGUAUUUUUCUCAAUUAGCUCAAUGCGUGCAAGUGACCUCCAGCUCAUAA